AUGUCUACUGAACGCGAAUACGACGUGAUUUUGCUAGGCGCGACUGGCUACACCGGUAAGCUGACGGCGCAGUAUAUCUUCAAAUCGCUACCGCUUGACCUGAAGUGGGCAAUCGCGGGCAGAAACAAACAGAAGCUCCAGGAGGUUGCCGAGUCACUGGGACCACUCCAUCUAUCAAGACAAGCAGUUGAUACCCUCGUUGUGAGCCUGAACGAAAAGGAGCUUGACUCUUUGGCAAAGAGGACACGACUAGUCAUAUCGACCGUGGGCCCGUUCCAACUUUAUGGCUCGGAUACAUUUGCUGCGUGUGCAAGAAAUAGCACGCACUAUCUCGACUGUACUGGAGAAGCUCCCUGGUUAAAAGACAUGAUAGAGCAGUACGAUAUAAUCGCCAAGACAAACGGCAGCAUUAUGAUCCCAUGCUGUGGCUUUGACUGUGUGCCGUCCGACCUUUUGACCUGGGUUGCCGCCAGCUACAACCGCCGUCAUUUCGGCGCACAGACGGGGCGUGUAGAUCUUUGCAUUCACAGCGUCCAGGGCGGAAUAAGUGGGGGAACGCUGGCCUCGGUUCUCCAAGCAUUUGAGCUACACAGCCUUCGUCAUCUCUACCAUGUCCACGCCCCGUUUUCUCUAUCCCCAAAGCGGCCCACCCCGAAAGUGUCCCCAAAACGAACCAGUCUCUGGACCAAGCUCUUCGGACUGCUCUGGAUCAAACAGCUUGGUUGGAUGGCCUACCAGCCACAGGCAGCAGUCGACCGGACAAUAGUCCAUCGGUCCUGGGGUUUGCUAGAGCCUACGACCGCUUCAUAUGGCCAUGACUUUGAUUGGCACACUUGGUUCAAAAUCUGGGGACCUGUCCUUGCCAUAUUGUGGCAUUUUUCCGGACUGCUGCUAGCACCGUGGAUCCUCCUACGUCCGGUUAGAAAGCUUCUUCCGAAGCUCUGGUACGAACCGGGAAGUGGUGCAGGGGAAGGCACAAUCACGAACAACUGGUUUGAGUAUCGGGGUGUCGCCGAGACAAACACCUCGGUCCAGCCGAAGUCCAGGGCAUUAGUGCGGAUGCGCUAUGACAGUGACCCGUACAUAUUUACCGCCGUCGCCCUGGGAGAGGCAGCGCGGAUUGUUCUUUGGCAGCAGGAUACAUGGGCACACAAGUUUGGUGGUGGGGUGCUGACGCCAGCCACCCUAGGGGAUCACUAUGUGUCUCAAUUGCGAGCUGCUGGGGUCGUCAUUGAAGCUCGAAACGCGGUGCCAUGA